AUGGAUUUUGUCACACACCUUCCGAAGUCGGAACGUGGGAAUAUCGUCUUACUUUUGUUUCAAGACAUGUUCACGGGUUACGUUAUGGGUAAACCCAUGAGCAGCACUACCGCUCAAGACUGUGCUGAAGCCUAUGAAGAGGUUGUGUUCAGGAACUAUGGCGCAAGCUCUGAAAUCCGUCAUGACAAAGAUCCCAGGUUCAUGAGUCGGGUGUUCCGUCGUUUCAGUGAGAUGAUGGGUAUCCAACAGAAAGCAACGCUCGCGUAUCGCCCUCAAGUCCAUGGCCAGCAGGAACGGUCGGGUCAGACAAUUAUGCACAGUAUCAGAGCGUAUGUCGUAGAGCCUGACGACUGGGACGACCAUGCAGAGAAGCUCAUGCAUGCUAUAAAUACCUCCUUCGAUGCGACUAGAUUGGAUAAGCCGUUCUACCUGCUACACGGGUUAGAUUGUCGGAGUACUAUAGCAGCUAUGCUGGGCCCCAAACCGACGGACGUCGCAGAGCGUACCGCGUACGAAUGGCGUCGAAAAUUGCGACGAGACUACAUCUAUGCCCACGCCUGUGCGGAGGGGCUCCAGAAGAGAGCCAAGCGUACGCGAUCCGCGGUGCUGUCGGAUCUUCUCAAGCCUGGUUUCGAAGUAGGUGAUUCGGUCUGGCUGUAUAUUCCGAAGGUUCUGCGAGGUCUGAGCAGUAAAUUGGCCCACUUGUGGCACGGACCAUUCAGGAUUGAGCAGGUCCGGGACGACCAAGGCGAAAUUGAAGAACCAUGGGUCCGCAUUAGUCGUCUGAAACCACCCGCCUUGUUUCCGAAACGGCCGUCUUUAAGGAUUGACCUUUCAGAGGAGAAUGAUUUCGAUGCGGCCUUAUUGCUGGAAGAUAAACCUGAUUCGGUGCAUCUGGAGAACGAAGUGGAAGAAAUUGUGGAUUUAAGAUGGACCAAGCGCACCCGAAAUGCGAAACGUAUCCGCGAAUAUCUCAUUAAGUGGCAGGGAUACGACGAACUUCAGUGGUUGCCCGUCUACCAAUUAAACUGUGACUCCCUUCUAUAUAAGUUCAACCAGUCAGCACGUGCGAAAGCUCGUUUCGCAGCCAUGCAGUCUGGAAACGAUGACUACGCGGAGCUAUAG